UCUCCGUCUCUUCGCUAAACAUGCCUCCGCCUCCUAUUCUCUCGCUCUCCUUUUAACACAACCCUCCUCGUCUGGUGCCCGAUCCAAGCAGACUUGUAGUACAUCUAUCAUGUCCGAAGCUCCAAAAAAAUUGAGUGAACAAUAUAAAGGUGGACCUGAUUUCUUUGGCUUCUAUGCUUGUCAAAUAGCUGAUCUGUUGUCAGAAGAUGAAAAUGUCUUGUCCAUGUCCAAUGCUUCUGAGUUGUCUCAAGGGAAAUAUGGGGCGGUCAGUGGUAAAGACACUUUGGACUGCAGUUGUAAAGACGCUGAUUCACUCUUCCAAAACAGCAUUGUUGCUGGGAUUUCAGAUUUCAAGAAAGGAAGAUUGAAGGGAUUACUUAGGCAGAGCGUGAAUGAUCUCUCAAUGGAAGUUGAUGAGCUGGUGCAUAUGGAACAAAAGCUUGAAGAAACUUUAGAUACUAUAAUGUCCAAGUGUAGGUAUGGCUUUGUUCCCGAGGAACUUACAGCUUUGAGUGUGCUUUACACACCGUGCUAUUCUGCAAUGGAUAUUAGGCCUAUGACACGCACUGAGAAGCGGCAGCUUCAGAAAAUGAUACAACAGCUACCCAACAUAAAUCUUGUCCGUUUGGUUGAAAUUAUCCAACGUGGUAGGCCAACCAGAAAUACUUGCGGUGAAGAAAUCUUUGUUGACCUGGAAACAGAGGAAAAUGCGACGCUCUGGAGAUUAUAUUACUACGUUGAAGCAGUUGAGAAGGCCAAAAUGCUUGCACAAUUGCAAUUUAGUACAACCCCAACAUUAUAGCCAUCUUUCUGAGACCAUGACAGCAGUUAUACAUGGCCUUCUUUAACUCUUGC